AUGGCCGGUUCGGGUUCAGGCUCAGCUUUGAGCGGGCGUAAACCGCGGAUGGUCGGCUCUCGGCUGCUGCUCGUCACCUCCGUCUUUGCUUCCUUGGGCGUCUUUCUCUUUGGGUUUGACCAGUCAGUGCUGUCGCUGCAUCAUCAUCAUCGGCAAAGUCGCCCCAGCCCACAGAGCUGACGGUGGUGCGCUGUCGUUCUUCUCCGCUCGCGCGUGUGCUUCGCGUCCGCGUGCGCUCCAACGUCGUGUCGUCUUGUCAUCGUGGUCGUGGUGCCGAUCCGCCGACGUCGUCCGUGGUCGUCUGCCUCGACCCUACCCGCCCUGCGUCACACCCGGCAUGUGUUCAAAUACUCAGGGGUGUCAUGUCGGGUGAGUCGCAUCUUGCACCUAUUGCAUGACCCAACUAGUGCACCUGCUGCACCUGCUGCACCUGCUGCACCUGCUGCACCUGCUGCACCUGCUGCACCUGCUGCACCCCCAAACCGGCCCGACCCGCCGCCAGAGCCGCGAAAGCCAUCGUCGCCGCACCGUCAACGCUGAAGCUGACUUGUGGGCAUGGUAUCACACCACCUUUCCUUCAAUCCAGGUAUCAUUACCGUCAGUCUCUCCGGGACAGUCUAUCAUCUGCUCCGACUGACGCGCAGAAUCUUCCCUGCUUUGCACCGAUCAGGGGCCAUACUUCAAGGCCUUCUUUCAUCAACCGAAUCGAUAUGAGCUCGCAACAAUGGUCAGUCUCCUCGGCGGCCCGCUUACAGCUUACCUCGCUCAUCCUCGCCUUUCUUUCGCAGGUCGCUAUCCUCGAAAUCGGUGCCUUGAUCACUUCCUUGCUGGCCGGUCGCGUCGGCGACAUCUUUGGUCGACGACUGACCCUCUUGGCCGGAGCGCUCAUUUUCACCACCGGCGGUGCAUUCCAAUCCUUUGCGACCGGGUUCAAGGUGAUGGUCUUUGGUCGAAUCUUGUCCGGAUUUGGCGUCGGUUUCCUCUCGUACGUUCGAUGUCGGAUUCACUUGCGACCCCUGCAUGCCCCAGUCUGAUCUUUUUCACUACGAGAACAGCAUGAUCGUACCCGUGUAUCAAUCCGAGAUCUCGCCCGCCGAGAACCGAGGAAAACUGGCCUGCAUCGAGUUCACACUCAAUAUUGCAGGAUAUGCCUCCUCAGUGGUAAGGUCUUCCGUCGAAAAAGCGCUUCACCCAAGCUGGGCGCAAACUGACAGUCGAAACGCUCCUGCUCGCAGUGGAUCGACUACUUUGCCUCCUUCUUAUCCUCAAACCUCUCCUGGCGCUGCCCCCUGUUCGUCCAAUGCAUCAUCGGCUCGAUCCUCGCCAUCGGAUCCAUCUACAUCCCCGAAUCGCCGCGUUGGUUGCUUGAUAUGGACAUGGACGAGGAAGGGAUGAAAGUACUCGCCGAUCUGCACGGUGAUGGCGAUCCGGAUGAUGAGAGGGCCAAAAACGAGUUCGUGGAGAUUAAAGAAUCCGUUUUGGCCGAGCGUACUAUUGGUGAUCGAAGCUACACCAGCAUGUGGAAGCGCUACAAGUCUCGCGUCUUGAUUGCCAUGAGUGCUCAGAUGUUUGCUCAAUUGGUGAGUUCGUAGACUCGGAGUUGGUCUCGUCCUUCCAGCUGCUAUGACUGAUCCGGCACCUUCCUCUCCCGGUACAGAAUGGAAUCAAUGGUAGGCACACUUGCAGUUCAAUCGAUGGACUUCGAGCUUCCCAAACUAACUGGCAUGUUUGCGUCGUGUGCAGUCAUCUCUUACUACGCUCCUCUGGUGUUCGAGUCGGCCGGCUGGAUCGGGCGAGAUGCAAUCUUGAUGACCGGCAUCAAUGGGAUUAGUACGUCAGGGGUGUUGGGGUCUCUCCGCGUGGCCCUCCUCGUUGAUAAGGGAGUCGUCCUGGGUGCACAGUUUACAUCCUCAGCACCGUACCUACUUGGUACCUCGUCGAUAUUUGGGGUCGACGUCCCAUUUUGCUCUCAGGUGCUCUGGUGGGUCCAUCCUGAAAAGAGAGCAACCCUAGUGCUUGUGAAAAGCCAAGCACUUAUCCGCCUCCUCCUCGCGCAGAUCAUGGCGACGGCGCUCUCGUCCGUCGGUUACUUCCUGUACCUCGACAAGACCUACACCCCCACCGCGGUCGUCAUCUCCGUCAUCGUCUUCAACGCCGCCUUUGGCUACUCAUGGGGUCCGAUACCUUGGCUCCUAGGACCCGAAGUGUUCCCGACCGUGUUCCGCGUCAAAGGUGUCAGUAUCUCGACGGCGACGAACUGGUUCUUCAACUUUGUCGUCGGCGAAUCGACACCGAUUUUGCAAGAGGCGAUCCGGUGGCGGUUGUACUUGAUGCAUGCCGGAUGGUGUUUAAUCUCGUUGAUCUGCGUUUUCCUCUUUUAUCCCGAGACGAUGGGCGUGCCAUUGGAGGAGAUGGAUGCCCUCUUUGGCGACUCUUCCAAAGCCGACCUCGAAUCGGCCUCUCUCGUUCGAUCCCACCACGGAGGCAGCUCCUCCCCCAACGGCGCUCGUUCAAGCUCCGCCGAACCCCCCGUUCUUCGAAAACACCACGGAGAAGCCGAAGCCCCUUCCGCAAGCCUCUUGGAUGGAAUCAAGAGGGCGUGGAAACGAGGGCGUGAGAUGGAAGGUGCGAGUGGGGGUGGGUCGGCCGCACCGGCGAAUUAUCAGGCCGUGCAGAAUGAUGGACAAUAG